GAAGUCGUCAAAGAUGGGAAAAUUGUCCAAAAGAGGACCAAGGAAAAAGGCGACAAUGUGAGCGAUACAAAAAUGAGUGAUGCCGAAGGGGAGGAUAAGGACAAGUUACRAAAAGARGAUUCUGAAGAAGAGGAGGAGGAAGAGGAUUCUGAGGAUUCUGAGGACUCAGAGGAAUCGGAAGAAGAGGAGAGUGAAAUGGAAGUGGAGGAUGAAGAGGAGGAAUUGGAACGAAAGACACGAAAAAGGAAARAGUCAGAAGUCGAGGAGGAGGAGGAGGAAGAAGGAGAGGAUGGGGAGGGACAAGAAAGAACGGGGGAUCAGGACUCUGAGGCAGAAAUGGAAAAAGGGUCAGAAAAGGGGGAAAAAAAGAAUGGGUCCGAAGGAAGUGAGGACGAGAAUGACGAUGGAAAGACAAUGGGAAAAAAAGGGACAGAGGUGGAGGAAAGAAGGAAAGAACCUAUGGAGAAGGAUGAAGAGGACACUCCAGAAGUGAGGGAAGAGGAAGAAGAGAGAGACCUUGUGGGUCAAGAAGAUGGUAGAAGGAUGACGGAUAUUGGAUGGGGUAAAGAGAAUCCCGCUGAUAAGGAUAAACAAGAAGAAGAUAAAGGGGAAUCUAGCCACCCCUCGACACAGGGUUCGGCUUUGGAAAAGGGCGAGGAUAUGGGAAAUACUCCAGGAGAGGAGGAAACAGACGACGAGGAAUGGGAUGAGCAAGGUCUGGAAGAAGUGAUCCUGGGCGGUAGUGGGAGCGAAUCAGAGGAUGAUCUGCUGGGUGUAGUAGGGGAGACCCUACUCAAAGACUCGACUCCCACCCAUGGGAUAACUCAGGAAGCGGUAGGGCCUACGUGGAUUCUCCCACUGCUCCCACAGGGUAAUGCGACAGAGAAAUCUAAGUUAUAUUGUAACGACGUGUUUGACUCAGAAAAGGGGGAAGGGUUUCAGCACGAGGGCCUAGUGGAAGGGAAGUCAACGAAAGGGGGACAGAGGAAGCAAAAAGUGGUAGGUCGGGCGACAAACGACCCAAUCUACCAUAGUACAAUCCCAGGGGGCUCCCCCUUCAAAAAGGUCAGGAUUAACGAGAAUACAGGGGUGGGAACUGUCGCCUAAGAGCAAACAAAAACCUCACCUGAGC